AUGUUGUACCACGAAAACCCUAUCUCGCAGUUCCCAGUACCAAUCACCAUUACAUUCUUCUUCUGCCUGUUCAUAUUUCUCUUCGUUAUUUCAUCCAUAUCCAGAAAGUUCCAAAACUACAGUGCUGCAACGAGAAAAGCACCGCCGGAAGCAAGCGGGGCGUGGCCUUUGAUUGGCCACCUCCAUCUCUUAGGAGGGUCGAAACCGCCACACGUCACGUUGGGCCACAUGGCGGACAAAUACGGCCCCGUCUUCACCUUGCGUCUGGGUGCUCACAGAACGCUGGUUGUGAGCAAUCAGGAAAUGAUCAAACAGUGCUUUACGGUCAACGACAGAGCGUUCGCUAGCCGUCCUAAAUACCUGGCCUUUGAAGUGUUGGGCUACGACUUUUCCAUGAUAGGGUUCAGCCCGUACGGUUCUUAUUGGCGCCGCGUGCGGAAAAUUGCCACCCUGGAGCUGCUCUCUUCUCACCGCAUAGACACGCUCAAGCACGUGAUGGAGGCCGAAGUGAAAGCGGCAAUGAAAGAGAGUUACAAUAUCUGGUUGAAGAACAAAAACAGCUGUUCCGAAAUGAAUAGGUGGUUUGGGGACAUAACGUUGAACGUUAUGUUCCGAGCGGUGGUGGGAAAACGUUUUGUUAGUGACGGCGGUGAGAGUGAAGAGAACGAACGGCUUCGAAAGGCGCUGAGGGAGGUGUUUGAUCUGAGCGGUUCAUUCACAGUGUCUGACUCUCUGCCAUAUUUGAGAUGGUUGGAUUUGGAUGGUAAGGAGAAGGAAAUGAAGAAAACGGCGAAAGAGUUAGAUAGGUUUGUUCAAGUUUGGCUCGAAGAACACAAACGAAGGAGGGAUUGUGAUUCAGGAGAACGGAAACAUGACCAGGACUUGAUGGACGUCCUUCUUGGGCUUGUUGAAGAGGGUGAAGAGUUCGAUGGUCAUGACGGUGAUGCCACAGUCAAAGCUACAUGCCUGGCUUUAAUUUUAGCUGGUUCAGACACUACAACAGGAACAAUGCUCUGGGCUCUCUCAUUACUUGUCAAUAAUCGGGAAAUUCUAAGCAAGGCCGUCCAUGAAUUAGAUACAGAAAUUGGGAGUGAAAAGAUGGUAGAGAUAUCAGAUUUGAAGAAGCUACAGUAUCUCCAAGCUAUUAUCAAGGAAACACUACGUUUAUACCCUGCUGCACCACUUAAUAUGCCACACGAGUCCAUGGAAAAUUGCAUAGUGGGUGGAUAUGAUGUACCAUCUGGAACACGUCUUUUGACUAACAUUUCAAAACUUCAUCGUGAUCCUUCUGUGUAUCCUAAUCCCUUAGAAUUUUGUCCAGAGCGAUUCCUAACAACCCACAAUGAAGUGGACCUCAAGGGUCAACAUUUUGAGUUGAUUCCAUUCGGUGCAGGAAGAAGAAUGUGUCCCGGACUUUCUUUCAGCCUCCAAUUACUGCAACUAACGCUUGCUACUUUAUUGCAUGGGUUUGACGUUGCAACCUGUGAUGGGGGACCAGUUGAUAUGCUUGAACGGAUUGGGUUAACCAACACCAGAGCCUCUCCACUUCAUCUCAUUCUUACUCCACGACUCUCUACUCAUAUUUAUCAUGAAAUUUAA